UCCCUUUAUGCUGAUGUGUCCGCAAUUGGGCCGAGGCCGGGAACCGGAACAGGGAGCCGGAGAGCUCGAGGCAGAGGCCGGGAACGGGAACCGCUGAGGGCGAUGGGUCGCCGCGGCGCCCCCGAGUUGUACCGCGCUCCCUUCCCGCUUUACGCCGUCAGCGUCCUGCGGGCCGACCUGGUGGUGACCGCGGGCGGAGGAGGCGCCUCCAAAACCGGCAUCAGCAACGGAGUGCAUUUCCUGCAUUUACAACGUGUAACAGGAAGCCUUUCGGCGACCCUCGUUCAUUCCCAUGACACGGAGACACGAGCCACCAUGAAUAUGGCAGUUGCAGGGGAUAUUCUGGCAGUUGGACAGGAUGCCACUUGUCACAUCCUCCGAUUCCAAGAGGGGAAAGAGAAACCGACUGGGAAAAAGCCAGGCAAAAAGGAAGACAGGUGUGAGGCUGAAAUUGCACGGCAUGCUGGCAAUCUCUCAGUGAAGAAGACGGAAGCCAGGAAGCGAAAGGCUGGAAAUAAAAUGGCCGGUGACGCGAGCGGGGGCUUACAGAAUGAGACGGCCGAAAUGGUGGUAGAGUCGCUUCAUGUCGUACACACUGACUUCAGCACAGAUGCACUUCAGAAAACUGUCCGUUUUGACUUGAAGCAUUCCUUUCUCGUCACUGGGGGCGUGGAUGGCUUCAUUCGGGUUUGGGAGUUCCCAAGUAUGAAGAAACGUUUUGACUUCCGGGCUCAUGAUGGAGAGGUUGAAGAUUUGGACAUCAGUCCUGACAACAAGAUAGUAACUGUGGGACGAGACUUCAAGUGCUGUGUAUGGAAGAAUGAUCAGUUGGUGACAGGAUUAUGCUGGAAUGAGAAUAUGCCCCAUAUUGCAGACAAGAUGUAUCGGUACCAAGCAUGCAGGUUUGGCAAGGUUGAGGAUGAUAAGGAUGCUUUCCGCCUCUACACAGUGCAGAUUCCACACAAACGAGAGUGCAAACCUCUCCUGUGUUACAUCAGCAAAUGGGAUGGGAAGAACUUCCUGCCACUGCUCACCCGAGAUUGUGGGAAUGAGGUGAUCUCUGCAAUGUCACUCAGUGACUUGGGGACAUUUAUUGGGCUUGGCACCGUGACUGGGUCUGUAGCUAUCUACAUUGCAUUCUCACUCCAGCAAGUUUACUACGUGAAGGAGACUCAUGGGAUUGUGGUGACGGACUUGGCCUUUCUGCCUGAUGUGGGUCCAACGAGGGAGGUGUUGGGAGAAAAUGAGGCAGCACUGUUGAGUGUGGCUGUAGAUAGUCGGUGCAAACUACAUCUGGUGCCAAGCAGGAAAAUGUUCCCGAUCUGGGUGGUCUUGCUGCUGUGUGGACUGAUCAUCGUACUCACAAUCGUCCUUUUGCAGCAUCUGUUUCCAGGGCUGCUGUAAGGUCCUUUCUCAGGAUGAUGCUGCUACAGUUUACAUCGGGUCUGAGCAACACUGGGCUGAAGGCCAUCCACCAAUAUCCAGCCUCUAGAGUGAGCUUCACUAUGAAGUGCCCAUGAAAUUGUCUAAUCUAGUGCCCAGGGCCACACUUCAUAACUUGGCACAACAAAGAGUUAAGAAAUGCUCAAACGACUUGGUCACACUGACUGACUGAAUUGCAUCUGAUUUCAUUCAGCCCAACAACACACUGUCCCAGCCUCUCCCUCACUCACACUGUCCCAGCCUCUCCCUCACUCACACUGUCCCAGCCUCUCCCUCACUCACACUGUCCCAGCCUCUCCCUCACUCACACUGUCCCAGCCUCUCCCUCACUCACACUGUC